AUGACUAACAUCUUAUACACCCUGCAAACACUGCAAACAGACCGCCGUGCCUUUUCUACACCACCUCCGUCUUCUUCCCCUUCAUCUCCCAAAGACUCCAUAUCGCGUCUCCACAGAUUCAAUGACCGUCUUCCGCCGUUCCUCCGGACCUACACAACUCCCUUGCUUGGAGCCCCGGUUACACAUAUCACGUCAUUCUUGAUCCUCCAUGAAAUCACAGCUAUUGUACCACUGUUCGGCCUCGUGGCUGUAUUCCACUAUGGUAACUGGAUUCCGGAUCUAACAUCUGGUAAUCCUAGCGGUGCAUUCGAGGAAGGGACAGAAAGAUUCGGGCGUUGGCUGCGGAAGAAAGGCUGGGUGGAGGAUGACGAUAUGGAGAUUGUUACGGUAGACGGCGGAGUAGUAGAAGAGAAAUCCGCGCCAGAUGGACAAGUUGAGCUCAAAGGAGAAAGCAGAAAAGGUGUGCGUCUGGUUUUGGAAUUCGCAACAGCCUAUGCAAUCACCAAGGCGCUUUUGCCGGUACGUCUAGCUGCAAGUGUGUGGGCAACACCAUGGUUUGCGAGAGCCGUCUUGGGUCCUUUAGGGAAAGGGGCCAGAGCUGUUUUUGGGAGGAAAUAA